AUGCGUUGGGAUGUACGUCAUCUAGAACAUGAUGUCAUUUAUUGGGAUAUUGUUGUUGUGACGACAUUGGACAAUGUUCAAAAAGAUGCUUAUGAUACUUUAAUACAACAACGUUCAACAAUUAAUCGAAUACCACUUGGUGUCGACUAUCUUGUCAUUACUGAUCCUGGCAAGAUUGGUAAUGGUGGAAGUACAAUGCAUGCAAUGCAUGUACUUGAACAGCAAUAUGGUUGGGAUGUUUUACGUAGAAAACGUAUUUUAUUAAUACAUGCUGGUGGUUAUUCACAAAGGACACCAACAACAAGUUGUCUUGGAAAAAUUGCAACGAGUAUUCCAAAAGGUUGGCCAACAUAUGAUUUACUUGAUAUAAAAUUAGCUCUUUAUUCAUUAUUUCCUGCUCGUAUGCCAAAUGGAGGUGUAUUUUUAUGUUCAUCAGAUACAAUAGAAUUAUUUGAUGAAUCACAUACGUAUAUUAAUUGGUUAUUAACAGAUGAUUUUGUUGCAUUUGCACAUCCAUCAUCACUUUCAGUUGGUACACAACAUGGUGUUUUUGUACUUGAUCCAACUGAUAAACGUAAAUGUAUUUGUGUUUUACAAAAACCAACAAUUGAACAAAUGAAAAUUCAUAAAGCUAUAUGGUGUCAUGGUGAAGAUGAAUUUGUUUAUACAGAUAGUUUAUUUUAUUUUAAUAUGAAUGUUGCUCAACGUUUAGCUGAUAUUUAUAGACAAGAACAUAAUAUUCAAUGUGAAAUUGAUUGUUAUGGUGAUUUUAUGAAUCCAUUAGGUAUUUGUCCAUUAUCAAGACCUAUAGGAAAAGAGAAUGAUAAUAAUCAACAAUGUAUAAGAAUAAAACAAAAACUUUAUGAUUCAUUACUUGAUUGUCAUUUACAAGUUAUUAUAUUACAUAAAUCAUCAUUUAAUCAUACAGGUACAAAUGAUGAAUAUCUUGAUAUUUGUUGUGGAAUAGGACCAACUGGUCAAGAAAUAUUUGAUGAAUUAAAAUUAGAAAAACAUGUUGGUUGUAAAGUAUUUGAUGAAGGUCGACAUGAUACAAUUGAUUUUUGGCAUGGAAUUCUACCUGCAUUACCUCAUGGUGAUACAUUACAUCAUCAACCUUCUGCUCCUGAUGUUCAUGGUUGUGUUAUACAUAGUUUUAUUCAUCCGAAAUGUCGAUCAUCAAAACGUUCAUUACUUGAAUAUUGUUGUAUUGGUAUACCAAUGCAUAUAAGUGAAAAUACAAUAUUAAGUAAUAUAACACUAUUAACAUAUUCUGAUUUUAAUCAAAAUAUUCUUUAUCUUCCAUCAAAUUUAAUUAUGCAAACAAUUCCUUUAAAUGAUGAAUUAUUUGCAACAUUUGCAUUUGGAUUUCAUGAUAAUAUGAAAAUAACAUAUAAUAAUAGUGAUAAAAUAAUGUAUUUUGGUCAAACAUUAUCAACAAUAGCUAAAAAAAUUCAUCGUCAUAUGAAUGAUUUAUUUGAUGAUGAAAAUAAUAAAUCAUUAUGGACAUUAAAAAUUUUUCCUGUUACAAAAAAUCCAAAUGAAUCAUUUGAAAAAACAUUAAAAUUAUUUUUAUUGAAUGAUUUUACUAUGUUUGAACAACAAUAUGUAUCAAUUCAAGAAAUUCUCAAACAUCGUGACAUAUCAUUAACAAUUCAAUAUCGAUCAAAUCUAAUUAAUUGUACAUAA